AUGCCCGCCUCAACACGCAUCCCGCCCAUCGCCCUCCCCUUCGUCAGCGACCACGCCAAGAAGACCCUCGACCUGGUCGAACAAUUCGUCGAAAACGACUGCAUCCCCGCGGAGCCCGUGUUCCAGGCGCAACUGGGCGAAGGCGACCAGCGAUGGAGCUCGCACCCGGCCGUCAUGGAGACGCUGAAGGCCAAGGCCCGUCGUCUCGGCCUGUGGAAUAUGUUCCUGCCCCGGAACCACUUCUCGCAGGGCGCUGGGUUCUCGAAUCUUGAGUAUGGGCUUAUGGCGGAGUAUCUUGGGAAGAGUCUUCUUGCCUCUGAGGCAACGAACAACGCCGCCCCGGACACGGGCAACAUGGAAGUGCUGGCCAAGUACGGCAACGAGGCGCAGAAGCAGCAGUGGCUGACGCCGUUGCUGGAGGGCCAGAUCCGCUCCGCGUUCUUGAUGACCGAGCCGGAGGUCGCGUCCAGCGAUGCCACCAAUAUCCAGCUGAAUAUCCGCCGCGACGGCGACGAGUAUGUCUUGAAUGGCUCGAAAUGGUGGUCCUCCGGCGCCGGCGACCCGCGCUGCGCCAUCUACCUGGUAAUGGGUAAGUCAUCGCCCAACCACCCGGACCCGUACAAGCAGCAAUCGGUGAUCCUGGUACCGGCCAACACGCCGGGGAUCACGGUGCACCGGAUGCUGAGCGUGUACGGGUACGACGACGCGCCGCACGGACACGGCCACAUCUCGUUCAAGGACGUGCGGGUGCCGGCGGCGAACCUGGUGCUGGGCGAGGGCCGCGGGUUCGAGAUCAUCCAGGGCCGACUGGGGCCGGGACGGAUUCACCACGCGAUGCGCACGAUCGGGGCAGCCGAGAAGGCGCUGGAGUGGCUGAUUGCGCGCAUCAACGACGACCGCAAGCAGACGUUCGGGAAGUCGCUGGCCAGCCACGGCGUCAUCCUGGAGUGGGUGGCGCGGUCGCGCAUCGAGAUCGACGCCGCCCGGUUAGUCGUGCUCAACGCCGCCAUCAAGAUCGACACCGGCGACGCAAAGGCAGCCCUCAAGGAGAUCGCCAUGGCCAAGGUCCUCGUGCCCCAGACUGCCCUGCGUGUCAUCGACCGCGCCGUUCAGGCCUACGGCGCCGCCGGCGUCUGUCAGGAUACGCCUCUGGCGUAUAUGUGGGCGCUGAUCCGCACGCUGCGCAUCGCCGACGGGCCCGAUGAGGUCCAUCUGCAACAGUUGGGCAAGCGCGAGAACCGCGACCGCCGCGACGAGAUCGUCAAGAAGCUUGAGUGGCAGCGUGGCGAGGGGGAGCGGUUGCUCGGCCAGACCGGGUUGAAGAUUAGGGGCCGGUUGUAA